AUGGCCGUGCGCUCCCGCCGCCCGUGGCUGAGCGUGGCGCUGGGGCUGGUGCUGGGCUUCACCGCCGCGUCCUGGCUCAUCGCCCCCCGGGUGGCCGAGCUGAGCGAGAGGAGGAGGCGCGGCUCCAGCCUCUGCUCCUACUACGGCCGCUCGGCCGCCGGCCAGCCGCUCCCCCAGCCCCAGCCCCGGCCGCGGCCGGAGCAGCCACCGCCCCCCGCGCGCCCGGAGCGCCAGGAGCCGCCGCCGCCCGAACCCGCGGCGGGGGAGGCGGGUGAUCGGAGCAGCCCCCGGCAGCAGCCGCCUCCGCUGCAGCCCCGGCGGCGAGGGCGCGAGCCCGAAGGGGCGACGACGGGGCUCCCCGGCGGCGGCGCCCCCGCGGCGGAGGGGGAGCCCGCGGAGGAGGAGGACGGGGGCGCGGCGGGGCGAAGGCGGGGCGGCCGGCCGCGGAGCGGCCACCACGGCAGCGGGGACGGGGGCGCCCGCGCCGCCCCGCGCGCCGGGCCCCGCGGCUUCCUGUUCGUGGGGGUGAUGACGGCGCAGAAGUACCUGGGCAGCCGCGCGCUGGCGGCGCAGCGGACCUGGGCGCGCUCCGUGCCCGGCCGCGUGGAGUUCUUCUCCAGCCCGCGGCCCCCCGGCGCCGCCGGCCUGCCCCCGCCGCCGCCCCUGCCCGUCGUCGAGCUGCCGGGGGUGGACGACUCCUACCCGCCCCAGAAGAAGUCCUUCAUGAUGAUCAAGUACAUGCACGACCACUACCUGGACCAGUACGAGUGGUUCAUGCGCGCCGACGACGACGUCUACAUCAAAGGUGACAAGUUAGAAGAGUUUCUUAGAUCGCUGAAUAGCAGCAAGCCCCUGUACCUGGGCCAGACUGGCCUGGGGAAUAUCGAAGAACUCGGAAAGCUGGGCCUGGAGCCUGGGGAGAAUUUCUGUAUGGGAGGCCCUGGCAUGAUCUUCAGCCGAGAGGUGCUCCGGAGGAUGGUGCCACACAUUGGUGAGUGCCUCAGAGAAAUGUACACGACUCACGAAGAUGUGGAAGUAGGAAGAUGUGUUCGACGGUUUGGUGGGACUCAGUGUGUCUGGUCUUAUGAGAUGCAGCAACUGUUCCAUGAAAAUUAUGAACACAAUCGAAAGGGUUAUAUUCAAGACCUUCACAAUAGCAAAAUCCACGCAGCCAUAACCCUUCAUCCCAACAAAAGGCCUGCCUACCAAUACAGGCUUCAUAAUUACAUGCUGAGCCGCAAAAUUUCCGAACUUCGCUACCGCACCAUCCAGCUCCACCGCGAGAGGGCGCUGAUGAGCAAGCUCAGCGACAGUGAAGUGAGCAAAGAGGAUCAGCAGCUGGGAGUGAUGCCUUCUUUCAACCACUUCCAGCCUCGGGAGAGGGAUGAGGUGAUAGAAUGGGAGUUCCUGACAGGAAAGCUCCUUUACUCGGCAUCUGAGAACCAGCCUCCUCGACAGAGCAUCAGCAGCAUCCUCCGAACCGCGCUGGAUGACACCGUCCUCCAGGUGAUGGAGAUGAUCAAUGAGAAUGCCAAGAGUAGAGGCCGGGUCAUUGACUUCAAGGAAAUCCAGUAUGGCUACCGCAGGGUUGAUCCUAUGCACGGCGUGGAGUACAUUUUGGAUUUGCUCCUCUUAUACAAAAGGCACAAGGGGAGAAAAGUGACCGUGCCGGUGAGGCGGCAUGCCUACCUUCAGCAGUUGUUCAGCAAGCCUUUCUUCCGAGAAACGGAAGAGCUGGAUGUCAACAGUCUCGUGGAGAGUAUUAACAGUGACACUCAGUCAUUUUCCUUUAUAUCUAACUCGUUAAAGAUACUAUCCUCUUUUCAAGGAGGCAAAGAAGUGGGAGGGCACAACGAAAAGAAAAUACACAUUCUCGUUCCUCUCAUUGGAAGGUACGACAUUUUCCUGAGGUUCAUGGAGAGCUUUGAAAAUACUUGUCUUAUCCCAAAGCAGAACGUAAAACUGGUCAUCAUCCUUUUCAGUGGGGAUUCUGGCCAAGAUGCCAGCAAGCACAUUGAGCUGAUACAAGACUAUCAGAACAAGUACCCCGAAGCAGAAAUGACCCUGAUCCCCAUGAAGGGAGAGUUUUCCAGAGGUCUCGGUCUCGAAGUGGCUUCCUCCCAGUUUGACAAUGAUACUUUGCUGCUAUUUUGUGAUGUUGACUUGAUUUUCAGAGGAGACUUUCUCCAACGAUGUAGGGACAAUACAAUUCAGGGACAACAGGUGUACUACCCCAUCAUCUUUAGCCAGUACGAUCCAAAGGUAACCAAUGGGGGAAAGCCUUCCAGGGAUGAUGACUUUGUCUUCUCAAAGAAGACUGGAUUCUGGAGAGACUAUGGAUAUGGAAUUACCUGUAUUUAUAAAAGUGAUCUUCUGGGUGCAGGUGGAUUUGAUACCUCAAUACAGGGCUGGGGACUGGAAGACGUAGAUCUCUACAAUAAAGUUAUUCUAUCUGGCUUAAGGCCCUUCAGAAGUCAAGAAGUAGGAGUGGUACAUAUUUUCCACCCAGUUCAUUGUGACCCUAACUUGGACCCGAGGCAGUAUAAGAUGUGCUUAGGAUCCAAGGCAAGCACUUUUGCCUCAACCAUGCAACUGGCUGAACUCUGGUUGGAAAAACAUUUGGGUGUCAGGUACAAUCGAACUCUCUCCUGA